CACUGCACACCAUUCUUGAACCUACUAUAUUCGUCAGUCAAUCUACAGACCUUCUAACUUGCUAAAAAUAGAACAAGACCAACUAAAAUCAAAACAUAGUACUAUUGAAUAUCAAUCUACAGCCCCUCCAACCUGCUAAAAAUAGAACAAGACCAAUUAAAAACAAUACUUACUACUACUUAGUAACAAAGUUGAUGACUAUGAUGGCAGAAAAUUCAUGGCAAACCAAUCUUGACAGUUGAAAGUAUCUAUAAAUCAUAACACUCAGUCCCUCUCUUGCCACCUUUCACGUGGCUCGCUUACAUCAAUUUUGUCACCAAUUUUGGAAAUUAAUGAGUGACUAUUUUCUUAUCAGUUCCACAUAAUAUUGGAGGCUUCCAAAAAAAAAAUGAGAAAAAGUAUACUAGCUUUCCUCAUCAAGCAUUCCCUUAUAUAAACAUGAAGCAUGUAUCUCCAUAAUAUAAUAUACGAUCCUUUCCUAUCUGAAAUGGAGGCAAAACAUUUAUCUUCCAUCUUCAUUUCAGUCUUGAUAUUCGUAUCCUUCAUCUUUCGUUUAGUUCAGAUAUGGAAGGCAUCAAAAACCUUUAACAAAAUAUUGCCUCCAGGGCCAUGGAGUCCACCUUUGAUUGGGAACUUGCACCUAUUUAUGAAUGGCCGCCUUCCAGUACAUCAUACUCUCAGAAGUCUAUCGCGAAGAUACGGGCCAAUCUUUCACUUACGUCUUGGAGAAAUAUCGAUCAUUGUUGUAUCUUCACCUGAGAUGGCAAAAGAAAUUAUGAAAACUCAAGACCUUCGCUUUGCUACUAGGCCUGAAUUUAUGGCCGGAGAUAUUAUUUUCUACAACUACACAGACAUUAUAACUUGUCCAUAUGGUGAUCACUGGAGAAAUAUGCGCAAAGUGUGCAUCGUGGAACUUCUUAGCGCAAAGAUGGUCAAGUCAUUUAAUUCAAUUCGACAAGCACAGAUGUCAAGUCUCAUUUCAUCCGUUAACUCCAUGCCUGAUGACUCAUUGAUUAACUUAUCAGACAAAAUGUUUUGGUUUACAAGUUCAGUAACUUGUAGGUCAGCUUUCGGGAAAGUGAUUCAUGAUCAAGAUAAGUUGAUAAUGUUGGUGAAGGACAUAUCAUCAUUAGCUGCAGGAUUUGACUUGGCUGAUAUGUUCCCUUCCCGAAAAUGGCUUCACAAGAUUACUGGAUUGAAGUCCAAAAUGUUGAAGGUUCACAAAAAGGUAGAUGCAAUUUUGGAGAAUAUCCUUAAUGAGCAUCAGGAAAGUCGAGCUAACGGAAAGAAGAGCAAUGGUGAGACUGGAGGUGAAGAUUUGAUCGAUGUUCUACUUCGAGUCAUGGAGAGUGGCGAAUUGGGAACUCCAAUCACAAAUGAGAAUAUCAAAAGUGUUAUUUUUGACAUGUUCUUAGCAGGAGCUGAAACCUCAGCUACAACAAUUAUUUGGGCUUUGGCUGAAAUGAUAAGAAAUCCAAGUGUUAUGGCUAAAGCACAACUUGAAGUUAGAGAAGUCCUAAAAGGAAAGAGAACAUUUGAGGAUAUUGAUCUAGAAGAGUUGAAGUAUCUAAACCUAGUGAUUAAAGAAACAUUAAGGUUGCACCCUCCUGUUCCUCUAUUAAUCCCAAGGGAAUGCAGAGAAGAAACAAAAAUUGACAAAUAUAUAAUACCCAUCAAAACUAGAGUUCUGGUGAAUGUAUGGGCAAUUGGAAGAGAAUCUACAAAUUGGCAUAAUCCGGAAAGUUUUAUACCUGAGAGAUUUGAGAAUAAUUCUAUUGAUUUCAGAGGAAACCACUUUGAAUUUAUUCCGUUUGGUGCAGGAAGAAGAAUGUGUCCGGGACUGUUAUUUGGUUUAGUUAAUGUCGGACAUCCUUUAGCUCAACUGCUUUAUCACUUCGACUGGAAGACUCCUCAUGGAAUUGCUCCAGACAAUUUAAAUAUGACCGAAACAAUUGGGGUAGCUGGCGGAAGAAAGGAUGAUCUUUGUUUAAUUGCUACUCCUUUUGGUCUCUCUUAA